AUGGAAGAGAAGAUUUAUGCUAUUAGUGGGCUAUCUGGUGUCGAGUCUAAAAGUUUGACUAAUUUCACCAUCAAGGAUUUUGAAACGCUAAAAGACCGCCAGGAUGUUUUCGGCAAAAACAUAAUCGACGUAGAAGUGCCAAGCUACCCAAAGAUCUUCCUCGAUGAAAUUAUUUCGCCUUUCUAUGUGUUUCAAAUCUGCUCCGUCAUCUUGUGGAUGGCCGAUGAAUACUACUACUACGCGAUUUCGAUUAUCAUCAUCACCAUUGUUUCGGCUUGCUCGACCAUGUUGACUAUUCGCAAGGAAAGGGAAAACUUGCGGAAAAUGGUUGAUCGUAAUAACCAUUGUAUUGUUGAAUGUAAGCGCGAUGGAAUUUGGACGAAGCUUGAGAGUCAGAACAUAGUUCCUGGAGAUGUUAUUCUAGUUCCUCCAGGAGGGACGUUUAUCCCAGCUGAUUGUGUUAUUCUUACCGGAAGCGCAAUUGUCAAUGAAGGCAUGCUAACGGGCGAGAGUAUCCCAGUCCAAAAAAGUCCUAUCAAAACAUCUGAUGCGCUCUAUCGCCCAGAAAGCUUCAAAAUGUCUACUCUCUUUGCUGGAACCGAAGUUCUCCAGACUCGAUCGCAAAAUGGCGAGUGUACGGCGCUGGUCGCUCGUACUGGCUACGAGACAGCAAAGGGUCAGCUCGUCCAGUCAAUUUUAUUCCCGAAAGAUGUGAAUCAUAAGUUGACAUCCGACGCUGCGCAAUUUUUGAUGAUUCUUGCUGGGACAGCUUCUAUUGGAUUUAUUUAUGCAGUUGUCCUUCAAUAUUAUAAUUGUGUCCACACGAGGCUCAUUAUUACCAAAUCGCUUGAUAUCAUCACCAUCGUCGUUCCUCCAGCGUUACCCGCCGCGUUGAGUGUUGGUUUGGUCUGGGCUGUUCGAAGAAUCAAGAAAAUCAACAUCUUCACGAUCUCUCCGGCAAGAAUAAAUUUAGCCGGUCAAAUUAACAUUUGUCUCUUUGACAAAACCGGCACGUUGACAGAAGAUGGAUUGACUUUCAAGGGCUACGAUCAGCUUACUGAUGAAGCGACAGGAAUUUCGAACGAGAGAAAAGAAGACUCGGAUAUUUUAACACAGUGUCUUGCCGUGUGCCACUCACUAACGCGGAUAAAUAACGAGAUCGCAGGUGAUCCACUUGAGUUGGAGAUGUUUGGCCACACGAAAUGGGAGCUCCAUGAACCAGAGUGCGGCGAGACCGAGAAUUUCGACAACCUAGAAGCGAGUUAUGUUCAAUCGCCCGACGGCAAUCACAGAAUUCUACAACUCCGACAAUUUCCCUUCACAUCAGAAGAUAGCCGACAGUCGGUGGUUGUCGAGUGCGUUUGCCAAAAUGGACAAAAAUCCCUGAAAACUUUCAUAAAAGGCGCUCCAGAGAGAAUCGAAAAAUUAUGUCUGUCCGAUUCAGUUCCUCAAUCGUUCAAGACCGCUCUGGAUAGAUACAGUCAAAAGGGAUUUCGCGUGAUUGCUCUGGCGGCGAAGGAUUUAACGAUGAAAAAAUUCAAGGUCCAGCGAGCAAAGAGAGACGACCUCGAGCAAGAUGCCAAGUUUAUCGGGCUUAUUGUUUUUCAAAACAAGGUGAAGUCCGUUUCUGCGGAUAUUAUUGAAGAGUUGGAAGAGGCAAAGAUCAAGAGCGUCAUGGUCACAGGAGACAAUAUUCUGACGUCUAUCGCUGUGAGCUUUGAGUGUGGAAUUCUGAAUAAAUCAGAGAAGGUCAUUAUCGGUGAACUGUCAAAGGAAAACGUCAUGUGGCGUGAAGUCAACAAUUCAACGAGCUAUGAGAGCUUCCCUAUCUCGAAACUAGUCGAAAACGACAAGGAUUCAUUUCAAGUCGCGAUGACUGGUGAUGUUUUCGACUGGCUUGUUCUCAAUCAACCGACGUUGCUAGACUCGAUACUGGUAAAGGGAAGAGUUUUCGCCCGGAUGAGUCCAGAGAAUAAGGCCUUGCUGGUUGAUUAUUUUGAACAAAUGGAAUACAUAGCUUGUUUCUGUGGUGAUGGGGCGAAUGAUUGUGGCGCUUUGAAGAGAGCAAGUGUGGGAAUAUCACUCUCUGAGUUAGAGGCAUCUGUCGCGGCGCCUUUUACUGCAAAAUGUGGCGAUGUCAGUUGUGUGUCCAAUCUCAUCAGAGAAGGUCGGGCUGCGCUAAUGACAUCAUUCGGAAUGUUCAAAUACAUGGCACUGUACUCGAUGAUCCAAUUUUGCUCAAUUUUAAUCCUCUACUGGCGGAAGACGAAUCUGAGCGACUGGCAAUAUCUUUACAUUGACCUUAUAAUUAUCGACAUUGUCGCGCUGACAAUGUCCCUCAGUCCAGCCUAUAAACGUAUCGCCGAAACCCCACCGCCAAGAGCUCUCGUUACCGCACCGACAAUCUUCAGUCUUUUUGUCCACGUCUUUACAUGCGUGCUUUUCCAAGUCAUCGUUUAUCUGUAUACGAUCAAUAAGCCUUGGUUUUGCUCAAUUUCGGACAAUUUCCCACCUUGCUUUAGUGGAAAUAACGCUACUAUUCCACUUCCAAAUAAUGGAACUAUCUCAAUUCAUCCGAUUAUUGGAACCUGCUCGCAAGAAGAGCAAGAUGACGAGUACUACCCUGAACAUUACGCCACUGUAUCCCUUUUUCUUUUCAGCCAAUUCCAGUACGUUCAUAUGGCCUUUGUAUUUUCUGUAGGAAAGCCUUAUCGCCAGCCAAUUUGGAGGAACAUUGUAUUCAUUUGCGCUCUUCUCACUCUGACCUUGACCUCGAUUUUUAUCGUCUUUACUGAUUUACCGUUUGUGACCGACCUAUUUGAACUGAAGAAAGAAGACCCACCCCUUCAACCUUUACCGUAUCCGUGGAAAAUUGAAGAAGGAUGGGAUCAGGAUCCAAUAAGAAUUUGGAUUCUCUGCCUGGCAAUUGUCAAUUGGCUCGUCUCGUGGGCGCUCGAGGACUACGUCGUGCAAAAUCGACGAAUUUGGAAGUCACUUGCAACGCUCCAGAAAGAACGCCACAAGCACAAGAGAUUCAUGAUCGUUGAGAAGGAAAUUUUUAAUAAUGAGAGCUGGCCACCGAAAGAACUAAUUAAAGCUUAA